AUGGACAUUCUGAACCUCGCCAUCAAGACCCAUAGGCCGCCACCGUGGCACACGAAAGUGGACAGUAUCCAGGAAUGGACAGGAACUGACUUCGACAUCAUCUCUGUCGAAGCCGUCGCUAUCUUGGCGCUGGCAGACUACACUACAGGUUCUCCGAGCGGUGUAGCAGUCGGCUUCUUCCCUGCCCAGCACAAACAGCAACGAGGAGGUGACAAGAUGAUCUCCAAGAUCACAGUCUUCAAAGCGCGGCAACCCGUUACGGAUGACGAUUAUCCGACCCUGAUCUUUUGGGUGAGAGAUGCACCCAAUCUUUAUGGAGAGGUCGGUGGCGCGCGACUGGCGGACGUCUCGAAUGUGGGUUCAAUCGGCGUUGUUGAGGAUUGGAGGAGAAGAAGGUAG